AAUGUAGACAUCACUAGAAACGCGCUAAGAGCUCAGUUAUUACCGCCGGCUCGUGCGAGUCGAUCGUGUCAAAUAUUGUGUUCAAAUACACUGAUUUUGCGUAAAGAUGGCAACCAAAGACCCAGCACCUGUCAUCUGCAACAGCUGCAAUGGAGCUAUUCAAGGCAGAAUUGUAACGGCCUUGAACAAAAAGUGGCACCCUGAGCACUUCACGUGCGGGUCGUGCCGGCAACCCAUCGAAGGCGCCAAGUUCCACCAGCACGAUGGCGGAGUCCGCUGCGUGCCUUGCUACACCCGCCACCACAGCCCACGCUGCCACGCCUGCGGGGAUCCCAUCACUGACCGCGUGAUUCAGGCACUAGGCGUAUCCUGGCACGCGCACCACUUUGUCUGCGGCGGCUGCAGGAAGGAGUUGGGUGGAGGAGGUUUUAUGGAACAGGCCGGCCGCGCAUACUGCUCGUCGUGCUACGCGGACAAGUUCGCGGCCCGCUGCGCAGGAUGCGCUCAGCCCAUCGUUGACAAAGCAAUUGUGGCGCUCGACGCUAAAUGGCACCGUGACUGCUUUACUUGCAACAAAUGCCGAAACCCAGUGACCGACUCCACAUUCUCCGUCAUGGACAACAAGCCACUCUGCGGGAAGUGCGCCUAAAUCACAAAAUAAUAUUUAUUCUGUCAUUUAUAAUAUAGAUGUUUUAUAUUCAAGCGCAAUUCUGCACUGUUAUAAGACACAGUUUAUUAUAAUCUUAAAUCCUUGUACUACUAUUACCAUUUUUUACCAAGUUAAAAUCAUGUAUCAAGAUAUAAGCGACACUUGUACCUAAGAUUAUUUACUUAGGCGCAUACACAAUAAUCUAUAUUAUAUAAUGCACGCAACCCAACGAUUACUAUACGCAGACUCACUGCCCGAUCAAGCUAUUUUGAAGAGCAUAUUAAAAUACAAAUCUGUUAAUUAAGUUUAAAAUUCCAAUUCAUCUUGGUGUGUAGUAAAAUGACAGAAAUCUAUUUUUAUAUUAAAAAAUCGUGCUCUCUCGUUCAGGUUUAUAUAAGGAAAAUAUUCGUAAAUAUGCAAAGACAUUGUAAAUAUAUUUAUUAAAUAUCAUUAAUUCACUGUGAUGCUUUUGUGGGCUUUCAACAUACCAAUACGGCGUUAGCCGCGUAGUUUGUGAACGCUUUUCGACAUUUGUUUUUCAAUAAACCACGUUUUUUAUUUAAAUAA